GUGACAGAAACAGUUCUCGAGACAUUUCUCCCGUGGCUCAACUCGAGGUGCGACAUCUCCGACAGAUGGCUUUCCUUCAGUACCUGAUCGUGGCAGUCCUGGUGGCUGGCUCCCAGGCGAAGUCGCUGGUAGACCGUCAGACCGUCUGCCAGACCGUAUGCCCGUUCGUGUUCAGGCCUGUGUGCGGGUCUGACGGACACACCUACAGCAACGAGUGUGACCUGAACGUGCAGGCCUGUCAGCUGGCCGCGCAGUUCUCCAACGAAGCCAACUACCAGCCCCUGACCCUCUCCUACCAGGGUAUGUGCGGAAAUGCGCACCUGAGGUCAUGCUACGCUCAAGCUGUAUGCGACUCUACCUGGGACCCGGUCUGCGGUAGUGAUGGCGUGACCUACACCAACCGCUGCUUUUUGGAAUGCAUGCAAUCUAAUGCGCUUUAUGUGGCUCAUUAUCAGGGCAUCGAUUAUCAGGUCGCCUCCUUGGCUCACUAUGGCCCGUGCUAGAGAGACGAAUCCCGACUUUGUCACACAAGCCAGGCCUGCAUGAUGCAGCUAGUAUUACACUAGACAUCCAUGCCUUUUGAUUGAAGCCUAUUUGAUUUCGUCUCACAAUAAAGAAAUGUAUAAGGUGCUA